AUGGCGUACCGGGGCCAGGGCCAGAAGGUGCAAAAGAUGAUGGUGCAGCCCAUCAAUCUCAUCUUCAGAUACUUGCAAAAUAUAUCUCGGAUUCAGGUGUGGCUUUAUGAGCAAGUGAAUAUGUGGAUACAGGGCUGUAUCACUGGUUUUGAUGAGUAUAUGAAACUCGUAUUAGAUGAUGCAGAAGAGAUUUAUUCUAAAACAAAGUCAAGAAAACAACUGGGUCGGAUCAUGCUAAAAGGAGAUAACAUUAUUCUGCUCCAAAGUGUCUCCAACUAG